AAAAAUAUAUUAUCAAAACCUUCUUUUUUAUCCCUUUUAAAUAAAAAUGGGAACCCCAGCCCUUUUGCGCACUGGGUCCACACACUCGAGCACUGAGACACACUCUUCGGCUUCUCCGGCUCCAGGCUCUGAUGAUCACCGUUACCGAUCACCUGCCUCUACCCACGGUUUGUAUGUUCUCUCUCUGAAGAAUCUGCUGCUAUGUGUUGAAAACCGUUUUUUUGAUUCUGCCCAAGAAUCAACCUAUGAACAAUACAAGGAAACAUCACAAGUCUACUGAGAUGGAAAACCAAACAAAGAUAGAUAGGAUCAGUAAACUACCAUGGGAUGUAUUAGAUAGCAUCCUUGUGCAUCUACCACUACGAGAGGCGGCUAGGACUAGUAUAUUGUCGACCAAAUGGAGAUAUAAGUGGACUGGCCUUUCUCAGUUUGUUUUUGAUGAUAAAUGCAUCAGUAGUUCUUUAUCAGAUAAGAGAGCCAGAUGGGUGGAGAUUAUGAAAAUCAUUAAUAGGGUUCGAUCAAAUCAUCGUGGUCCAAUAGAGAAGUUCAAGCUUGCUGCUUAUUGCUGUCCAACCUAUUCUGAUUUUGAUCAGUGGAUAGCUUUUUUAACAGAGAAAGGAAUUAAGGAGUUAAUUAUCCAGGAUUUCAGUUUUACAAAACGCUUUAAGCUGCCUUCUAGUGUUUUCUGUUGUCCAAAGCUCAGUUGCCUGGAGCUUUUUGGCUGUAUAGUUAAGCUUCCUGCUCUUUUCAAAGGAUUUGAUUGCCUUAGAAUCCUCAAGCUUAGUCAAGUAUUUAUAGUAAGUGAUACACUUGAAAGUUUGAUCUGCAAUUGCCCUGUUCUUGAGAGAUUAACUCUGUUGAACAUCGACAAUUUAGAUUUUGUAAGGAUCCAUAAUCCAAACCUAAAAUACUUGAAACUAGAUUCUAAAUUUGAAGAUAUCUGUUUUGGAUAUAAUCCACUACUAGUUAGUGUUGAUAUUCGCAUGGUUCGUAUGUAUGGUCGGACAAGGCCUCGGUGUCCUGAGCAAAGGAAAGAUUGCAAUUUAGUCAGAGUUUUAGGCAGUCUAGAUGGUAUAGACAGGCUCAGUUUGCAUGGUCGAUUUCUUGAGUUUCUAGCUAUUGAGGAUGUCCCACAAAAACUUCCUACGAUGCUUAACUGCCUCUCAGCGCUUGAGCUAAAGGAAGUGAGGUUUGCCUGUCUAGGAGAUGUUAUGGCUUCAAUUUCUAUACUUAGAAGCUCUCCGAAUUUAAAAGAUCUUCUCAUCACGGUGGACACUUCGAAUGAGAUAUAUAAACCUGUUAUGGAUUUUUUCACAUCACAGUGCCUCUGUGAUUUCUAUAUAAACCAACUCAAAGCAGUGAAAAUUAGAGGCAUUGUUGGCACAAGAACUGAAUGGGAAUUCAUAAAACUUUUGCUUGCUCGUUCGCCAUUGUUGGAAUCAAUGACUAUUGUAAGAUACAGAGGUGAAAGGAUUUCAGAAUCAGUGUUGUUGCAACUUGAGCGAGCUUCAGAGCAUGUGAAGUUUGUAAGUUUAACGCUAUAAGCCUUUCAUUUUCAAGGUUUCCGUUUGUAAAUAAUGACUGGAACAGGAAAGAGUCUUGCAUUGUAAAUUUGAUUCUCUCUUUUGCACUGUUAAUACUUGUUUAUGGCUUUCUAGUAUCAACUAUAUGUAAAUAAGUGCUCUUUCCUUUUUUGUGCCUGAAAAUACAAAUAUCUAGAGAUAUGGUUCAAGGUGUA